GUGGGCAGAUUGUGAUGUGCGAGCGAGUCUCGGAUAUUUUAGCUUUGUGUUUGUAUUUUAAUUUCACAGCUCGUUCGUUGUGGACUUGAAAUUCGUGGUGCGUGUUUACGGAUGAGUUCCCUAUAUUAGAACUGUUGUUUUAAGACAUUUUGUUUACAAUUAUCUGCUUUCAAAAAUGUUAGUGUUUAUAAGUCCCUUUUUUGUGUGAAUUCAACGCAGUGGUGAAAAUAAGUGCAACAGGCGAAUUUAAGGGUUUGUGUAAACAGAGAAUUAAGGAGUAAAUUGUGAGUGCAAGAUGCCUACAGAUUCAGAAUGCGACUGCGACUUGGUGUCCAAGGAGUGGCUUUUGGCCAAGCUGCGUUCGGACGAGAGAGAUAUGAUUCUUAUAGAUUGCCGAGGUUCCAAUGAAUAUUCAGUUUCCCAUAUACGCUCCGCGGUCAACUUCUCGAUACCGAGUAUUAUGUUGCGAAGAUUAGCUGCAGGCAAGAUUGAACUGGCUUCGACUGUUCAGUGUAAAGAGCUUAAAGCUCGGAUAACGCAUUGUUGCUCUCGAGGCAUGUUCGUGCUAUACAGCGACGGAGCCCCACGAGACCCGGACUCCGUCCACGGCAUCCUGCUGAAGCGGCUCAAGCAAGAUGGCGUGCAGGUUGUCUGUCUUGAAGGAGAGUUCGCCGAGUUUCGUCGCGCUUUCCCCGAAUGGUGCAGCGAAGCCAGUGCGCAACAUGUUCCUCAUCUGCCGCUCAUGGGGCUACGGUCCCUCCGUAUUUCCGGAUCCGGCUGCGACGACGCGUUGUCGUCUGGCUCGUCGUCGGAGUGCGAGGAUACUCACACACACGUGCAGCAGGAGUUCCCCAUCGAGAUCUUGCCUAACCUGUACCUUGGCAACUCCACCAACAGUGAGGACUGUGAGGCGCUCGCUAGACAUAAUAUAAAGUAUAUAUUGAACGUGACGCCGGAUCUUCCCAACACGUUCGAGGCGGACGGCUGCGGUAUCAGUUAUCUGAAGAUCCCUAUCGCUGACCACUGGAGCCAAAACCUCGCUGUAUAUUUUCCACAGGCAAUACGAUUUAUCGAGGAGGCGAUGACGGCGCGCUGCGGCGUGCUUGUGCACUGCGUGGCGGGCGUGUCCCGCUCGGUGACGGUGACGCUCGCCUACCUCAUGCAGCGGCACCGUCUGUGCCUGCGCGACGCGUUCGAGCUGGUGCGCAGCCGCAAGACCGACAUCGCGCCCAACUUCCACUUCAUGCGCCAACUGCACUCGUUCGAGCGCGACCUCGGCCUGCACGAGCAUAGCGCCAGCCUGCCCAAGGUGCUGGAGGCGCUGGGCGUGCGCGACGUGAGCGCGGCGGGCAGCGCGGCGCCGGCGUGCGGGUGCGCGGCGCGCGCCUGCGCACUGUGCGGCGUGUCGCCCGACUCCGGUAUCGAGUUCGACCGCUGGAGCGCCGCGCGGGACUCGGAGCAAUGACAGUUCUUCUCGCCCGCACCCGCCCGCGACCCCCGCCAGCAGUGAACCCCUUCCCCUCCGCCCCCGCACCCGGCACCGCGGCGUAGCUCGCGGGACUCCUCCUCGACCAGGGCUCCAAGUCUGCUGUACCAAUCGCGUCUCAGUGGGCGAUCAAUGACGAAAUGUACCGACAUUUGUUUUAUUAAUGAAAAUACGUUUAUAAUUAUUCAAAUCAAUAUUAUUACCAAGUCUGAAAUACGCCCCGUAAAAUAUUAUAAUAUGCAGAAUAUUGUCAAUAAUAUUGACGGGUGUGCCGGGAAGUUUCUUUAUUGUUUCGUACUGCACGCUUUUUUCUUCGAUAAUGAAUUGUGAUAUGCAAAA